AAUCGGAAAGGGUUUCGAAGGCGAGUUCCUCACUUCCUGAUUAAUCAUGGCGGAUGAGAAUGAGACAGCACCGAAGCAGGAGAAAGAAGUGGAGCUAGAGGAGGACCACGGGCAUUGUAGUGACUGCGAAAAUGAAGAGCAUCAUUUCGAUGAUGGAGAAAAGGGGGAUACAGGGGCCAAGAAGAAGAAAAAGAAACAGAAGAAAAAGAACAAGGACAAAUCUGGAGGAAAAGAUUUGGCCCAGGACCCGCUGGCCAAAGUGAAUUCUCUUCCUGCUGAUAAGCUUCAGGAGAUUCAGAAAGCCAUUGAGCUUUUCUCAGUGGGACCUGGACCAGCCAAAACCAUGGAAGAGGCCUCACGCCGUAGCUACCAGUUCUGGGACACUCAACCUGUCCCUAAACUAGGAGAGAUGGUGACAACACACGGCUGCAUCGAGCCUGAUAAAGAUAGCAUCCGAGAGGAGCCAUACAGCCUUCCUCAGGGUUUCACCUGGGAUGCGUUGGACCUCGGCAACUCCGCUGUGCUAAAAGAGCUGUACACUCUCCUGAAUGAGAACUACGUGGAGGAUGAUGAUAACAUGUUCCGCUUUGACUAUUCGCCCGAGUUCCUUCUGUGGGCACUACGUCCUCCGGGCUGGCUGCCUCAGUGGCACUGUGGCGUGAGAGUCAACUCCAAUCAAAAACUCGUGGGCUUCAUCAGCGCCAUUCCAGCCAACAUCCGUAUCUACGAUAUAGAGAAGAAGAUGGUGGAGAUUAAUUUCCUGUGUGUGCAUAAAAAGCUCCGCUCCAAGCGUGUAGCCCCCGUGUUGAUCCGAGAGAUCACCAGAAGGGUUAAUUUGCAGGGUAUUUUCCAGGCUGUCUACACUGCCGGAGUGGUACUGCCCAAACCUGUAGGGACCUGCAGAUACUGGCACCGAUCUCUGAACCCACGGAAGCUGAUAGAAGUAAAGUUUUCCCACCUGAGUCGGAACAUGACUAUGCAACGUACUAUGAAGCUGUACAGGCUGCCUGAGGCUCCAAAGACCGUAGGCUUAAGGGCGAUGACGGUGAAGGACAUUCCAAAUGUGCACCGCCUGCUGAAAGAUUAUCUCCGCCAGUUCAACCUGGCUCCAGUCAUGAGCAUGGAGGAGGUGCAGCACUGGCUUCUGCCCCAAGAGAACAUCAUCGACACCUAUCUGGUGGAGAAUCCUGAGGGGAAAAUCACAGACUUCCUGAGUUUUUACACCUUGCCAUCCACCAUCAUGAACCACCCGGUGCACCGCAGUCUGAAGGCAGCAUAUUCCUUCUACAACGUGCACACCUCCAUGCCGCUGAUCGACCUGAUGGGAGAUGCGCUCAUCCUGGCCAAAUCGAAAGGAUUUGAUGUUUUUAAUGCACUGGACCUGAUGGAGAACAAGACGUUUCUGGAGAAGCUGAAGUUUGGUAUCGGAGAUGGGAAUCUACAGUAUUAUCUGUACAAUUGGAAAUGCCCCAGCAUGGGUCCAGAGAAAGUUGGUUUAGUACUGCAGUGACCCUCUUGCCUCAUCAAAGCCCUUCCUUGCGUCAUUGUGAAGCCAAGAACUGACGUCACGCACUGACCACCUGACCGAUGCGCCAGAAGGACUUCCACGUUUAGGAAGAAAAAGCCACCGCCCGUUUCUCAAAUUUAUUAUUUUUUCUUCCUUUCCCCAGAACUUGAAUUGGACCUGCACUACCGCUGCCAGGCCCUCUUCUUAUUUUUCUGUCUUUUUUUUCCUUUCUUUCUCCCUCAGCACUUGGAUCUAUAAUUAAUUCCAGUUGUUCUUGCGAUCUCGGUCGUGAAGCGAGCGUGAAUUUGCUGAAUGCCGUGAAGCAGCAGCUGCUCUUUCACUCUGCCUCUGACUACGCUCUCAUUACUCAGACUCAAUCCAGCCGUUUUCUCUCCCUGUCCAAAUGUGAGGUGCUUCUUUUUUUUUUUUUUUUUUCCCUUCUUUCUUUCUUGUCAUCCACGCCUAAUUAAUCUUAAGAGGUCGCCCGGUGUUUGUAACAGGACAAUAACAAAAGGAAAAAAAAAAUGCUUUAAACAUCAAGAAAAAAAAGCUGAUGAGGUAAUAAAACUCCACAAUGGACAUUAUAAAGGGCUGCUGUCAGAAAUUUUUUUUUUUUUCUUUUCACAAUUACUGAGUCACUGAUUCAUUGUUGUCAUACAUACUGUAAAGGAGAGAUUUCUUUCGUGCUUUUUUUUUUUCCCCCUUCUUCCUAAUUGAUGGAUCGCUGCUUUAUCACUAACUCACUGCCUGUGAUUUCACUGUAACGCCAACAGAGAAGCCCUGUGUACAUGCACACAUAACACAUAACAGCAAAAUAUCAGUAAAAACAAAUGACAACUAGUAGUCCAGGACAUGGACGUGGACUAAUGAUUAAUCCUAAGAGGUUGAAUACUGACUGUGUUGGAAAGGUGGAGACGCAUCAGGGGUUGUGAGGAGGGUUGAAAUAAAUAUUUAAAUGCA